CUCAUUUAACGCGUUUUUUUAACCUAAAGAUAAACAUGAAAACAGGUAGUAUUUAUUUAAAAGAAGUGAUAAACACGAAGCUAUAAUAAAACGCGUCGUUUUCAACAGCGUCAUAACUGAUCUGCAAAACACUCUGAUUUAUACUGUGUAACAUCUAUUCUUGUUCUCCGGUUGUGACUCGCGCUUUCAAUAUAUAUGAUAAUAAUACGAUAAGAUAAAGGUGAUUAAUGCUUCAAAAAAUUGCGACGUCUCUAAUCAGAAAAUUCAUAAAAGUAGUGCAGCUGAUUUCUUUUUAGAUGGAUUCAUUUUCAGGUUGAAACUGAUCGAAAUUAAAACUGAAACUAUGCGUGUUAACGCUGACUCCAAAAGUGAAAUCGAAAAUAAGCAUGGAUUCCGAAAAAUGUAUAUCGCAGCCGCGGCAGCUUUGUCGUUUGCUACUGCAGUGGGAAUGGCUUGUGGUUACUCAGCAUCAGCGACCGCUGAUAUGAAAAGGAAAAGUAGUCCUGUACACCCCGAUAAAGGUCAAAUAGCUUGGAUUGGUAGCAUACUCGCACUAGGAGCUCUCUUUGGAGGUAUCAUCGCAGGUUACUUAUCAAAUAAACUUGGAAGAAAAGGAACCUUGAUAUUCACAUCUGUCCCAUUUUUAGCAGGUUGGCUUUUCAUUGCCUACGCGGAUCACUUAGUGUACGUUUACACUGGACGUUUUAUUACAGGCAUUUGCGUUGGCAUUACUUGUGUUACUACGCCAGCCUAUUUAGUAGAAAUAUCGACACCAGAUGUUCGGGGUCUACUUGGUUCAUCAUUUCAAUUAUUCAUUGUUGUCGGAGUGCUUAUAGUAAACGGACUAGGAGCAGUCCUUACCUGGGAAUGGUUAGCAAUACCAUCUUGCGUGCUUUUAAUUUCAUCAACAAUAGCCAUAUGUUUUAUUCCAGAAUCUCCCAGGUGGUUGAUAGGCAAAGGCGUUUAUCAAGAAGCAGUAGUAGCUGUAAAAUUCCUCCAGGGUGAUUACCUUGAUGCAUCAGCAGAGUGUGUAGCGAUUGAUGAAGAUUUACGUCUUCAACCAAAAGGUGCAAUAUCUCUAAAAGAACUCCGGAAACCAGAAAUUUAUAUAUCAGCUUUAAUAUCAUUUUCAUUGGUAUUUUUUCAGCAGACAUCAGGCUCGAAUGCAGUCUUAUUUUAUACUGUAGAUAUCUUCAAAGCAGUAAGUUCAUCUCUGGAUCCGAAUGUUGCCACUAUUGUAAUCGAUGUUGUAUUGGUCGUUGCCACAGCUAUUAGUGCCUCAUUGUCAGAUAAAGCCGGCAGAAAAUCGUUGCUAAUCUUUUCAGGAAUCGGAAUGGCAGUGAGUUUAACUGUCCUAGGAACAUACGAUUAUGUUGGAACUACUAAUACAACAUUUAGAGAAAAUUAUGGAUGGAUUCCUUUAGCAAGCCUCAUCGCCUAUAUUGCAGCAUUCUCUAUAGGAUAUGGACCUAUUCCUUGGUUGAUGAUGGCCGAACUGACACCAGUCAGAGCACGUAGUUUAAUAUGCGGUGCUGCAACUGCAAUUUGUUGGUUUUUUGUUUUCGUAAUAACUAAGACUUUUCAGGCUCUGGAACUUUCCAUUCAUGACUAUGGAGCCUAUUACGUAUAUGCUGGCUUUUCAUUGCUUUCCUGCAUAUUUACUUACUUUUUUGUUCCAGAAACUAAAGGUAAAAACUUUGAAGACAUCCAGCAAUACUUUAUGAGUUACUUUCCUAAGAAAAAUGCACAAAUCAAAUACGAAGAAAUGUCAUAAAAUAAUUAUUAUUAACUGAGUUUUUCUUUUAUAAAGACAAAUAACAUUUAUGCCUUGUUGAAUGUAAUUUAAAAUAUUAUUUGAGAGAAUUAACUUUUAAAACUACGUUGAAUUAAAUUAUAUACUUCUGAAAUUAUGUGUUCUGAAAUAAGUUAAGAAAAAAUAAAGAAGGUGCAAAUUAAUUAUCUUCAUAA